AUGCUUGUCAAGUCUUCUCGAGUUCUCCUUUCGCAACAACAAAGGGAGGAAAGGCUCUUCGCUGAUGUGAUGCAAGAAGUGAAGAGGAUCAUGAAAGCUGAGGCGGCCAUGUUGAUGCUCAUGGACGACUCCUCCUCCCCUGAUGAGCCACCAGUACUUUACACUAAGUACUGUGAAGGGAUUGAUAUCAGCGAGACGACGCCUAUUGACACGGGCAUCAUGGGUUAUGUUGCUCGAACAGGGAAGCCAUUCAUUGCUGAUGAUGUGAGAGAAGCCGGUGAUUUGUACGAUCCUCAACGUCAUGAGAACUACAGAGGCACUGGCAAGCCGGUCCGAUCUGUCAUGUGUAUCCCGAUAUUCGAUACACGGAGGAGGGUUAUUGGCGUAAUUGAAGUUAUCAAUAAGAAAUCACAGCGGGGCGACUUGGACUUUUUCACGGAGCGAGAUAAGGAUAUUCUCGGUAACAUAGCCAAUCAUGUUGCAUUGAAUGUUGAAGGUACAGGAUCUAGUUUGAGGAAGGUGCUUCGUAUGGUCCGGGAACAGAGCAACACUACAGCGCAGAUCGUGCGCUCUGCAUCAUCAUCACUCAGGCCGAUUCAGCUAGAUCCCGACCAGUCGAGAUCACAACCUAACCUAGUCGUGAAGGUGGCACGCGGCACCCAG